AUGGAGCCUGGCCAGGGAGGGCUGACAGCUGCCUUCCCACUCGCAGGAGAGCAGCAAGGGAAGAUGGAAGCAGGGAAGGUGUAUUCACCAGAUGGGCUGUUCACUCACCUGGAAAUGCUGGAGGCACAGGCUUAUGAGGCAGCCAUGAAGCAAGAGGAAAUGGAACAGCAAGAAGAGAAGCUGGCCAGGCUGAAAGCCAGAGUGGAGGACCUGAGACGCCAGAGGGAUGAGCUGCAGGCUAAAGUGGACCUGCAACAAAAGGAGCAACUUGGGAAAGAAGGAGUCAUGUCAGAUCCAGCACAGCCCAGUCCUCAGGCUGUUUUAGAGUGGAAGAUAAAAAGCGUUAAGGCCAUGCUGCAGGUCUUUUACCUCACAGGGAUCAGUGGGAAGCUGACCAAGCGAGGGGUGUGUUUCUGCAUCAGCACGGCUUACGAGGGCACCUACUUGGAUUUCUACUACCUGGACCUGAUCACCAAGCCAGAAGUGCAGAUUCACCGCCACUCCAUCCCCAUCUUCAUCCCGCUGGAGCAGAUCGCCAAGAAGUACUUGCAGACGGACAUCAGGCGCUUCUUGUCUGUCCUGUUGGACCACCUGAACGCUUACACAGGGAGGAGGUACCAGGCAGACCAGUUACAGGAACACUUUUCAGACCAGAUAGAAGGAACCUUGCAGAGGAACUCCUUGUGUAACUUACUGGUCUUUAAUUACAACAUGUCAAGUAAAAGCAAGACCUUUCUGUUCAACGCGAGGCUGCUUUAUGGAGAUCUCUGUUGCAGCCUCCCCACUGACGUCAUCGUUUCCUGCAGACCGGACGUUCCCGCAUCUCUAGUGGAGACGGCAGCAGCUCACUCGGACCUGUUUCGCCGCGUGGCCCUGCACAAAGCCUUCCGCUCCUUCAGCAGCGCCGCAGAAAGCGUGGAUGGAGCACCGUAA